AGCGCUAGAUUCAAACAGCAGAGCAAGAAGGCAGCUGAACAAAGAAAAGGAAAAGCUGAGGAGAAAGGAAACCAGGCAAAAGAAAAAAGCUGAAAGAGAAACAUCGUCCUCUUUUCUUCAUCAGACAACUUGUCCACUCUCUGAAGGAAGUUCUUAUUCUUUAGUGUUAAUUGUUGCAGAGCUUGUAAAAGGCACAAUGAUGAGCAGCAGAGUCUUCGUCGCCGCUAUUGUGGGGCUCCUGGCCUUCCUCGCCAUCAGUGAAGCGAGCCUGGGAGUGGAGCUGCACUGCCGCUGCAUCCAAACAGAGAGCAAACCGAUCGGCCGCCACAUUGAGAAGGUGGAGCUGAUUCCUGCCAACUCCCACUGCGAGGAGACCGAGAUCAUUGCCACUCUGAAGAGGACAGGCCAAGAGGUUUGCCUGGACCCCGAGGCUCCCUGGGUGAAGAAAGUGAUUCAGAAGAUCCUGUCCAACGCGAGACGUUGAGCAGACUGGAAGAGAUGUGCUUCAUGACUCCGAGCUGUUUACUGUAUCGACCAAAGACAACCAAAGACCAAAAAGUAUUGAUGAGCUGAUUUGAUCUUGCUCAUUUUUUUAAAAUGUCCUUAUCAUUUGUUGAAAAUGACAAAAGAUUUUAUCUACUCAGAGUAUGUUUGUAUCAAACAUAUUAUUUAUUAUAGUUAUUAAUAUUAUGUCUGUAUGUCACGUAUGUGUUUUACUGUUUCUUUAACUUAUGUCUUUAACAUAUUUAUUUCUGUAUUUAUGAGACAUAAAUGUAUCUGGAAUCUGGAUUUCAAGAUCUGGCUCUGACAAUCUGUUGUUUAAUAAAGGAAGUACUCAUGAAA